AUGACGACAAACGAAGAAUCGUGGGACCUCGACACCGAUGAGAUUCGCUCCGUCGACUCGGAAGAGCUUUAUGAGACCAGACCCAAUCGCUGGAGGGGCAACAGGGCAACAUGGCAAACCAUCACGCAAGAAGAGCGACUCCUUCACCGCUCCAUGGAGCAGCUUCGGAAUCGCGACCUGGCAGUGCACCUGUAUAACGCAUUCGCGCUGCGAAAUCGUGCAGUGCGCCCAAGCGCGGCCGAAGAGCCUGAUACAGCGGAUAUUGAUAGACCAUUGGAAGAGAUUGUCGACAGCGGGGGAUGGCGUCCGCCAAGUUCGUGGACCGCGUGGCCCAUGAAUUCGCGAGUCGUGCCUGGCGACGAUUUUUUAAAAGACACCCACGAUGAGGACGACGGUUUCACCACCCGUUCCAAGAAGGGGCAGCUCCCCAGCACAGCAUUAGAAGAAGAGAUCACGGCUACGAUUUUGCGCCAAGCGAAAGAGCGGUUCCUUCGCCGGCAGCGCAAAGCUCAAAAGCGAGAAGCUGCGAGGACACGGGAUGAAUCUGCCUUCGAGAGAACAGCGGCGUCUUCCAUGUCAGCGCACUCGUCCGCAGCCUCCGAAGGUGGCAGCGACGGAGAGGACGGACCUUCAGCCCGAGAAGGCGCGCGAGCAGAGUCCGAGAUCGAGGGCGAGAAAGCGAAGCGCCGCAAGACAUACGAACCAGUCGUCUCUGCCAACGACGACCUCUCUGCCGACCUCCUCCGGCCCUCGGUCCGGCACAUCCUCUCCACCCUCGACAACACCCUCACGACUCUUCACAACUCCCGCCUCGCGGGCCUGAGCUACAUGACCGACUCAUCCGCCUCCGCGACCGACGUGGAGGGCGACGCCUCGGACGCUGCUAGCGUAUCGUCCGCGGCGUCGCGGGCGUCUUCGGCGUCUAAGCGCAAGAAGAGAGGUCGGCCUCGGAGCAAGGCGCCUAGGACACCGGAGCCCGAGUGGACGAGGGCGCUCGAGAGGAGAGGCAGGCCGAAGAAGGCGCAGCUUCCGCUCCCCGGGGAGACGGAGAAGGAGAUGAAAAUUCGGGUUGCGAGGGAGCAGAAGAAGCGGAUCCCGUUCUCGUCGGAUGAAGAAGAGGAUGGAGGUGAUAAUGAGGCAGGAGACGACGGCGUUAAAAACGCGGAUCAAUCGGGGAUUGAGACGUCGAGGUCAAGGUCGCCGAGGAAGAAGCGUGACUUGCCGGCGGAGGCGCGGGCUGAGGCCAGGGAAAAAGCCCGGGAGACGAUGCUGGGAAGCUGGGGGCUGCGAGACUGGAGCGAUAUCAUUGGAGCGGCAUCUCUCUCUGGCUUUAAACCCGAAGUCGUCGCAAGGGCGGCGCAGCGCUGCGCCGAUUUGUUUGGCCAGGGGAUGGAGAUGCAGACUCUGCUCGAGGGACCGGCAUCCAAGGGACCGAAGCCUCAGAGGACGCGGUACCUCCCCGGCGGCAGCGGCAACCGCUGUGGCGACGGCGGCGCCGCCUCAGCGACGUCCAGCGCGGAAGAAUCGGAGGACGAAAGAACCCUCAUGAAGGCUCGGCGUCUCGGCACACCUCGACAGAACAGUCUGGCCCGAGAUAGCAUUCCGCCAAGCGACUCUGACGCCGCGGCGCGCGGACGGAGCAUAGGGACGACGGCAGGCAGAGCGCGAAGCGCAUCUCGCACGUCGUCCGUUGGGCUGUUCUACUGCCCCGUGGCGGGUUGCGAGCGCGCCCUGGAGGGAUUCGGGCGGAGGGCUAACUUGCAGCGACACGUGGCGACGAUCCAUCCGGGGCGAGCGGGGGAUGUGGGCAACGAUGUAGAGAGCGAGGACGAGAUGCUCGGCGCGGUACACAUUGACGGGUUCCUGAAGCCUAUUCGGGCCAGGAAGGGGUGGAGGGCCGAGGACACGGGGAAGAGGAAGCGGAAGCGGCAUUUUCGGCGGCGGAGAAUGGAUGGGAGCGACGGCGGGAGUGACAGAGGGAGUGGUGUUGAGGAGACCGUUUUGGAUUCCACUUGA